AUGGAGAGUGACAGCGCAUUCGUGGCUCCUGAAGGCGUCUACUCUGUUACUGAAGAACACAAACCUCUUCAAGUCCCAACUCACUCUUCUACAGCAGCACAACCCAUCUACCAAACUCGCCUUUCAUCGAUCACAAUCCGGUUUCCACCAAAGCAACCAGCUUCCCCAGGUCUCGCUCAGUUUCUUGGUGCAAAUUUAACAAAGGAUCUUAAAAAGGACAAAGAAAAGGACAAGGAGAAGGAAGCCUUGGUAAAGGAGCGUCCGUUGCUGGAGGAGCGGAGCAUGUCAUCCAGCGAUACCCCAGAAGACAGCUUUUCAUCUCCAGAUCCGGUAGCUACCCCAGACCUCUCAGUCUCAACACCAGUAGAACACCAGCAGUACAAGCUCUUCUCUCACCCUUCCAUGUCAGCAACUAAAAAGAAAUCACAUAUAUCACGACCAAAGCACAACAUGCGCACCACAUCCUCUACAUUCAUCACACGUCUCCACAGUGUUGAAGGUCUCAACAAGACACUCGCAGCAAAGCAGGGCGAGGUCACUUUCUUGUUCUAUAAUACUGGCAAGGCCUUCUUGUGGAUCGAAGUGGGGGCCAAAGCCAAGGAACCACUAACGAGGAUUAGCUUCUCUGCAUACCCAACUUGUCACGACGUGAACCCCUCCACCGCAUCCUCAGAACGACUAGACGUUAUCAUAGGAUUCAGCACAGGCGACCUCGUAUGGUUCGACCCAAUCUCAAGCCGCUACUGCCGCCUUAACAAACAGGGCACCAUCUCCUCUUCCACAUGCACAGCCGUCCAUUGGGUCCCCUCUUCCCCAACCCUCUUUCUCGUCUCCCACACAGACGGAACCAUAAUCGUCUACGACAAAGAACGCGAAGAUGGCUUGUUCACUGCCAGUAUUCCAAAUGGACUCACAAAUACCCCGCAUAUAACCAUCAACGCACAUCAUGCAUCUCCUGUAAGUAAUGGAUGGGACCCCCUGUCAUCAAUAUUUGUCACACCUCCGCCGUGGCAUCCAGAAGCAACCGGGAGGGGAGAGAAGGGCGCGGUAGCGAAGAACCCUGUAAGCCAUUGGCGCCUGUGUCGGCGUGGUGUUGUCGACUUUGUGUUCUCCCCUGAUAACAAAUAUGUAGCUGCCAUUUCAGAGGACGGGUGUUUGAGGGUGAUCGAUCCACUUGCAGAGCAGCUGGUAGACUGCUAUGCAUCCUAUUUCGGUUCUCUGACCUGCGUCGCAUGGUCUCCUGACGGGCGCUUCAUCCUCACCGGCGGUCAAGACGAUCUCCUCACGAUCUUCUCCCCUUGGGAACAACGAGUCGUCGCACGAUGCCAAGGACAUUCCUCAUUCGUCUCAUCCGUCGCUUUUGACGAAUCCCGCUGCGAUGGGCGGACGUACCGCUUUGGUAGCGUAGGAGAGGACAACAAGCUUAUUCUCUGGGACUUUUCCUCUGGCGCUCUUCAUCGCCCCAAACUCCUCGGAGCACACCAUCCACGCACAUCAAUGUCAUCUAGUAUUUCACUCGCUUACCGACGCGGUACGGGGUCGACGAGCCAACUAUCGGCACCACGAUAUCAUCCCGCACCUUCGAGGAAUGAAGUAUCGACUGUACAACCUGUAUUGGUAAAACAACUCGACGCCGACCUCCUCACGUCCCUCGCCUUCCUCCACCGCGCGCUUGUAACAGCGUCAAAAGCGGGCCACGUCCGAUUAUGGGUACGGCCACUCGUCAUGGCUAAUCCUGGCCCUAGGAGAAGGCAUACGCGUGGGACGUUGUCUGUGACAGAUUUUCAGGGGGUAGUCCCUUGA